GGCAACUUAUUCCGUCCAUUUUUUUCAACGCAACAUCUACGCCUAUCCCUCCUCCCUUUUCUCACAUAAGUAUGAGGACAUCUCCUCACACAUGCGUGCUCCUCCUGUGCGCAGCCUCUGUCAUAGCAACACCGCAACGCCAAGCCCCAAUCCAACUUCCACUCUCGGCAUCUUCCCCAUCCUCCGAGUCUUUUGCUCCUGUACAGAGAUACGAUGGUGACCAAGUAUGGAGAGUCAAACUAGGUGGGGAAGAUAUACGGAGGAUAGAGGAUAUUGUGGACCUUGUUGAAAAUCUCCAACUUGACAUAUGGAGAACAACAUCACGUUCCCUGGAUAUACGCCUCAACGAACUACAGAAGAACGACCUUCAAGAGCUUUUACACCCCGACACACUGUUCGAACCUUUUAUCACCAAUGUUCAGUCACUCGUCGACUUUACGACUCCUUCCUACUACUCAGACAUCAUCGAUUCCUCCCUUGAAGUUAAUGCCGAUCAAUCUUUGCGAAACGGACAACCUCUACAAAUAUCAAAGAAGAACAAAAAACCCAAGAUUGACCCUUUCAAUCUAACAACGCUCGCCACACCCUUCCACGAUUCCUACCAUACUCUCAAGGAUGUUCACCAAUUUGGUGACGCCUUGGUGGAGACUUUUAAUGGAAAGGAAGGCAUUGAAGUGUGGAGCUUUGACGUCGGCACGACCUGGGAGGGAAGGCCUAUCAGGGGAUGGAGUGCUCGUCUCAUGAGGAAUGAGUCGGAUGUCAAUAACAGCCAGCGAAGGCGACGAAGCAGAGUUACGGAGGAAGACGAGGAAUUACAAAAGGAGAUUGUCAUCAUAAGCGGGCAGCAUGGUCGUGAGUGGGUUGGACCUUCAUCUGCCCUUUACUUUCUACAUUCCCUGCUUCUCACCUCUCUCUCAUCCCCGUCUUCCGAAGCAGCUUUGAUGUUGAGCAAGUUCACUUUUUCAGUUAUCCCUACAAUAAAUCCAGAUGGCUUUGUCUACUCUCAAUCCCAUAGGAUGUGGAGGAAAAACAGACAACCCGUGGGCCACAAGUCUUGCGUCGGUAUCGACUUGAACUCAAACUGGGCGUAUAAAUGGAAGAAGGAGAAGAAGGAGAAGCCUUGCAAUGAAGGUUACCGAGGGAAGGCCGCAUUUGAAGCCUAUGAGACCAAGGCUGUCGGGGAAUGGCUGGCCAAGGGAGCAGAAAGGGGUACGAGGGUCAGGGCAUUUGUUGAUUUACAUAGUUAUGGACAGCUCUUCAUGUUCCCCUUUGCCCAUUCAUGUAAUGACUUCCCUGCCGACGCAGAAAUGCUCAUGGAGGCCGGUUUGGGAGUUGCCAAAGCAAUCAGAACUGCCCAUGGAGAAACUUAUGAAACAGGCCAAGCGUGCGACCUGACUUAUAGGGCACCUGGUGACUCGGUCGAUUACGCCUAUGGAGUAACAGACAUUAGGUGGUCAUACUCUGCGGAGCUUAGGGAUACCGGCACAUACGGGUUUAUGCUCCCCAAAACUCUCAUCCGACCGACAGCCGAAGAGAUUUCGGCCGGUAUAUUACAUCUUGCCAAAUUCAUCUACGUGCUUGAAAUUGCGGAUUGAUUAUUGUUUCAAGCGUAAUCCUUUUGAACUCUCGAUGUACAAUUGUAUCUGCAACGGGAUUAUGGUGACUCUUACCUUCAAGUAAUGCGCAUGCUGUGAGGCAACGGGGAGUCAAACACCAAUAUUGUCAUGUAGAAAAAAGUCAUAGGUAAAAUCAAGUAUAAUACAACGAGUCGCUGAUGAAUAGAAAUCAAUCCAAAUCCGAUCUCACUCUGAUCAAAUCCAACAAGCUUGCGUAUGACCAGGUCAAAUCCCUUGCCCCUCUACAUUGCCCAUCGUCUCUGUAUUGACCAAGACCUUGUCAUUGUCUGCCCGUUCCUGUGGAGUUUUCACUUACCUGUCUAUUUGUUCGCUCAUUCUUCCCCCGUUCGCUGCCGCCACUUGCUGGCCAACUUCCAUGAACCUGCCUGCAACGUCUUUCAAACAUUUCAUUCCCUCCUUAAAUUGCCAGUCUUCCCCUUCAGUCCAAACAUCGCCCUCCCUAACUUUAGGAGGUUUAGAUGAGAUCGAAACGACAUCUUCCCAAAACGCAACGGUUUGGUUGGCAAUCACAAUGGCACCUGCCUCACGAAACUCCUUGUAGGCGAGGUACAGACUAUGCGCAACAGAAAAAGUGCAAAUGAACCAAGGAUUCCCUUGACUUUGGCCCUUACCGUCAUAUACGUCUUCCUUGUAACGCCCUAACGCCCAUCCAUCUGACCAAGGCUUGCCAUCAUUGAUACUGUAAAGUCCAUCAAAAGACUUGAUAUAAAGGUGUAUGGUCGAAAGGACACUGGGAUCAGUUGCAGAGAACGGAAAAGAGAAAUUAUGGCUGGGUUGAAGUGUGUGGGAGCCAGCAUGGAUGAUAGACAGGGGUAUCGAACAAUCUAGCCAUUCUCGUCUUGGAUAUGCGUUGGUGAAGUUAAAUUCCGACUUGAGCUGCACAAGCUCAAAAUCGCGACCACUCAAGCUUGAGAGCCAAUAGCCUCUUUUGGAAUCCCAAAACGAUGAAAGCUUCUGCGUGAUAGAAUGAGCUUGGGCGAGGUAAUGAUCCGCUGCUCCAACAUCGUUGAGACGUUUCGCAAAUGUCGAACCAUCGUACAGGGCUUUACGGGAAACAAGAAGGGUGAAUAGGUGAUGUCCAUCACUAUCCAAUCUAUGUCAACAGAAUUAUACCAUUCUCUUUGGCUGCCUGCACUUACACCUCUUCCCAUAGAUCAAAGCCGCCUUUUGACCAUCCGUGUGCUACCUCUUCCAAAUCGUUCUUAAGGACUCUCCCUGGUGAUUUGAGAUGCCUGGGAUCAUAGAUCCGUUGCUGCACGUAGCUGACGUCUGAAGGAAAUCCACGGUCAAGGAGGAAGUUGGCAUAAAUCAUCACCGCAAUGGCCCGAAGUGCUGGACCGUCUCUGUAUGGACAAGCUAUGAGUCGGCCAGGGUACCUUAUACAUAAAAUAUCAUGUGUGAAACUCAUAAUCUUACCUCUGAGGCCUUCCCCAAUUCCCCGUGAAGGGGGUACCGUCGACAUGGAAUUUUGGUUCAUUAAGGCCACCUUUUUUCAAGUCACCAGAAGGGUUUUUGCCUAUUUGUAUCUCUGCUUGACUUUCAAUAUAGUCCCGAAAGAGAUAUUCCUUUAGUACGUCAGACAGGGCGCUGUAUAACUCCCACGGUUCGGUGGUAUUAUUGAUAUCGGCUAAAUCAAAUCUCAAAUGAGGUAUCAAUGUAGAAAUGGUUAGAGCAGAAUCAUGGGUCCAGGUAUACUAUCAAGAAAGAACCCCUCAGUAUUGGUAUGCACCAGGUGAUUAGCGUGAAAAAUACCUUACGUAGUAGUCUGGCUCUUUUCCAUGUCCCUUACUAGGACUGGCCACUACAAGCCCUUCCUUUGCGCCUAUCCCUGGUCCUAUAUUCGCCAAAAUUCUAGACUCCAAAAAAACAUUUUGGUGACCACUCCAGUGGUCAAAGCGUACCGACCGCGAAUUCAAAUAAUGGGGCCAAAGUCCUAGAGAGACGCUGAUAACUAUCGCAGAUAAUAUGAGAAGGCAGAGAAAUAGCCCCUUGAUGACCACACUCCUAUACCUGUGACAGUUGUGUUCAGUUCUAGAAAUGUAUGGGCGCGGCGUCGCAUUUCUGGGUAGGAACAGGCUCUUUUCGAAUGAGAGAAGAUCGUCGGAUUCCAUCUCUGUUCUUGAUGCCAUAUUGCACCGAUUAACCUCUCACGUAGUAAUAGGGUCUCUAGUGGGUGCACAAUGAUAUUAUGAUUUGGUAACUGGUGAAUGGUGGCAAUAGUCGGAUAUCCCUUACGCAAGGAAUGAAUGGAAGCGGCCAAAGAAGCUCGAAAAGGAAGCAUCAAGCUGACUGAAGUUGAAAUUCGUGGAAAUGGACGGCGGGAGCGAAGAAGCCGGACAACGAUG